AUGUUCACGAAACUCAAUAGCAACAUGAGUGAAAUGAGCGAUAAUAAAAGAAAUUUAUUCCAUCAUGUAUCGAGAUGGAGGAAAGAAAAAUCGAAUAAAAGUCCUAUCUAUUGGCAUGCUUUAUUCAAGUUGAAAAUGUGGAGAGAAGGAAGAGAGCCAAGAAUGCCAUUCCUUGUCGAAGUAUAG